AUGAGCAGCGUUAAGCAAAGUAAUCCAAUGACUAGCAGCAGCAAGGCACGGGUCAGCUCAGUCAAUCCUCACGCGCUGCCCGAAAUUGGAUCUCACUCCGUGCUUCUGCUAGGUCUUCUAUCCCGCCGCCGCCGCCGCCCUCACCGACCCCGCCGCCGCCGCCCGCACCGACCCCGCCUCCUCUCGCCGCCGCCGCCCUCACCGACCCCGCCUCCUCUCGCCGCCGGCAUGAUGUCCGGACGACCCCCUCACCGCCGUCCGCGCCUCAGCACCAGGCGCGGCGGCAAGUAUGACCACAUCAACGUCCUCCCCGACGACCUCCUCCGUAUCAUCAUCUCACGCCUCCCCCUGAAGGAUGCCGUCUGCACAACUAGCAUCGGCCGCCGCUGGCGCCACCUCUGGCACUCUAUCCCGCUCGUCCUAAAGGAUGGCCACCUGCCCGAGCCCGAGCGCGCCGCCGCCGUUUCCCGAGUCCUCGCCGACCACCCAGGCCCCUUCCACACUGGCCACCUCAACCACUGCAGGUUCGACUCCCUCUCCCCUGAGCUCGCUGAGUGGCCACGCCUACUGGCCGACAAGGCCGUCCAGACUCUUUUCUUCGUCAACCGAAAGCCCAGCGAGACUCAGGCUCAUCCCCAUCCCCGCCUACCCGCCGACAUCCUCCGCUGCGCCUCGCUCGAGGAUCUCUUCCUGUCCGGUUGGACGGUACCUGACCACCUCUCCCACAGCCCACUAGCAUUUCCCUGCCUCAAGAUGCUCAACAUGCUAAACAUGGUCAUGUCGGACCAGGACCUCGACUACUUGCUCGCUGCCAGCCCUGUUCUCGAGACUCUUGUGCUCGCUUGCUCCAUAAAGGGCUUCCAUAUCCGCAGCCAAAGCCUCCGGUCCGUGCUAGUUUUUCCGCUGGGAGAUUUCACCGUGGUGGAGGCGCCGCUCCUGGAGCGGCUCAUCUUCAUGAGGCCGCAGCAGAGUAAUGCUAGAGCUCAUCCUGUGACGGUCAAGAUUGCCUCCACAACAAACCUGCAGAAGCUCGGCUACAUGGAACCAAUGAUUCACAAGCUGCAGAUCAAUGGCAACAUCAUCCAACCUGACACGGUGGCAUGUCCAAGCACUGUGGUUCCAGCCGUCAGGACAUUGGCGCUCAAGGUCAACUUUUGUGUUCUAGAGGAGCUCAAGAUGGUGGCCAGCUUGCUCAGAUGCUUCCCCAACUUGUCCACGCUGCACAUCCAGUCUGUCAUGUCUGAUCCGCCUGAAAGCGCCACUGGUGGGGAGCACCAUGCCCAGUUCUGGCGCGAGGCCAGUCCAAUUCAAUGCCUGAGAUCAAGCGUCAAAAGAAUCAUCUUCCAUAAAUUCCAUGGACAUCAAAAUGAAUUUGAAUUCCUCAAAUUUCUCGCGAGGGACAAUGCGAAUGCGCUGGAGUCUUUGCUGCUCGUGUCGCCCAAGGAAAAACUUCUUUCGGAGGACGAGGUGAAUGAGAUGAUAGACAAAUUGGGAUGUACAUGGUUUACAGCAUGGGCCUCUGAAGUCUUGUUGCUGUCGCCUGAGGUGGAGAAUUACUGGUCCCCCACUAAAGCGUGUAAUCUCACCGUCAACGACCCUUUUUGCUGAUGAACCCAUGGUUGGCUGGAUCCCGAGUUCUUUGCGGAAUCACUAGCUUUUAUACCGCAAGAGAGCACAAGUACUGUUCAGUGUGAUGUAAUGUAUGUAUGUUGGUGAUAUGAUAUAACAGCCGUGUGCUCCUGAAUAUAGCGUGCCUGUUCUGUAGCAUGAUUUUUUUUCCCUUUGCAUUGCUUAUGUAGAAUGUUACCUC